UGCGGUGGGGGUAUCCCCUGGCUGCCGUCCGCACCCGCGGGCGCUAUUUAAGCGGCGUUAGCGCGGUGCGGCGCGGAGCCGCCGGAGCAUGCACCCCUUCGUGCCGCCCGCCUCGCCGCCGCCUCACGCCCAGGCGCUGCUGGAGGCCGCCGUGUGCCCCGGCCUCUGCCCUCCGGCUCGGCCGCCGCCCGCCGCCAGCCCUUACCUGUGGCUCGGCGGCCACACCGGGCCCUACGUCCCCAGCGGGCCGCUCCUCCCGCCGGGCCCGGAGCGGGGCUGGGCGGCGCUGAGCCCCCCUCAGGAGUGCCCGCGGCCGGCCAGGCCGCCUUACUCGUACUCGGCGCUCAUCGCCAUGGCCAUCCACAGCGCGCCGGGCCGGCGGCGGACCCUCAGCCAGAUCUACCAGUACGUGGCCGAGAACUUCCCCUUCUACAAGAAGAGCAAGGCGGGCUGGCAGAACUCCAUCCGCCACAACCUCUCCCUCAACGACUGCUUCAAGAAGGUGCCGCGGGCCGAGGACGACCCGGGCAAAGGCAGCUACUGGACCCUCGACCCCAACUGCGAGAAGAUGUUCGAUAACGGCAACUUCAGGAGGAGGAGGAGGAGACGGGCUGAGGCUGGCGCGGCCGAGGGGAGCGGCGGGUCCUGCCCCGCCGGCGGUGGGACCCCGCUGUACGGGGCUGCGGUCAUUCAGAUCAUGCAAAGCUGCCUUUGGACUGUGAAAUCCAUUGGCCAAGGAGUGGGCACACACUUUUAAACAGGAAAGAUGGAGAAACUCUUGCCCUGGCAGAGCUGGAGGACCCUUCCCAAGACACUGACCUUCUGGGGCAGAACUGAUUUCACACAACACACAUCUUCUGCUUCAGGAUACAAAGCUCUGGAUCCAACUGUGUGGGUUGAACUCUAUUUUCACCUUGAGACUGCUUGCCCUGGG